UUUUUUCCCUUUUUGGUUAACAUUCUGAAUUCGAGGCUCGCUCCAGCUUGCUCCUUUUUGGACCAAUGAAGGAACCAGACGCCAUCAAACUUUUCAUUGGACAAAUCCCCCGGAAUUUAGAGGAGAAGGACCUUAAGCCUAUCUUCGAGCAGUUCGGCAAAAUCUACGAGUUGACAGUCAUUAAGGAUAAAUACACCGGCAUGCAUAAAGGAUGCGCCUUUCUGACUUACUGCGCCCGCGAGUCAGCUCUCAAGGCCCAAAGUGCUCUUCACGAGCAGAAGACGCUACCUGGGAUGAACCGACCGAUCCAGGUGAAGCCAGCAGACAGCGAAAGCAGAGGAGAAGACAGGAAGCUCUUUGUGGGAAUGUUGGGUAAGCAGCAGACAGACGAGGACGUCCGGAAAAUGUUCGAGCCGUUCGGGAACAUCGACGAGUGCACGGUACUGCGGGGUCCCGACGGCACCAGCAAAGGCUGCGCGUUUGUGAAGUUCCAGACCCACGCAGAAGCACAAGCUGCCAUCAACACGUUGCACGGAAGCCGCACGUUGCCGGGCGCCUCAUCCAGCCUCGUGGUGAAAUUUGCCGACACGGAGAAGGAGAGGGGUCUCCGCCGGAUGCAGCAAGUGGCAAACCAGCUGGGGAUGUUCAGCCCCAUCGCCCUGCAGUUUGGGGUGUACAGUGCCUACACCCAAGCACUAAUGCAGCAACAGGCAGCUCUUGUUGCCACGCACUCCGCCUACCUCAACCCCAUGGCGACGAUGGCCGCCGUCCAAAUGCAGCAGAUGGCCACCAUCAACCCCAACGGCCUCAUUGCCACCCCCAUCACGCCCAUCACAACCUCCUCAGGGACCAGCACGCCACCUGCCAUUGCUGCGACGCCAGUGUCUGCCAUCCCGGCCACCCUCAGCGUCAACGGCUACAGCCCCGUUCCCACGCAGAGCACGGGGCAGCCGGCCUCCGAGGCCAUUUACACAAAUGGCGUCCACCCAUACCCAGCACAGAGCCCAGCAGCCCCUGUGGACCCAUUACAGCAGGCGUACGCCGGAAUGCAGCACUAUACAGCAGCCUACCCUGCCGCCUAUGGACUGGUGAGCCCGGCCUUCCCGCAGCAGCCAGCCACCAUCAUCGCCCAGCAGCCUCCUCCACAACAGCAGCAGCAGCAGCAACGGGAAGGUCCUGAGGGCUGUAACAUCUUCAUCUACCACCUGCCGCAAGAGUUCACGGACUCCGAGAUCUUGCAGAUGUUCCUCCCCUUCGGAAACGUCAUCUCCGCCAAAGUAUUUGUGGACCGGGCCACCAAUCAGAGCAAAUGUUUCGGAUUCGUAAGUUUUGACAAUCCCGCCAGCGCUCAGGCUGCCAUCCAGGCCAUGAACGGCUUCCAGAUUGGGAUGAAGCGCCUCAAAGUCCAGCUCAAGAGGCCUAAAGACGCCAACCGGCCCUACUGAAGCGGCUGCCCAUCAGGUCUGGAGCUUACUGGAGGAACAAAGCCCCCUUGAUGUUCUCCCCUCCUCCCCUCCUGCCCCCUCCUCUCUUCCUCUGCUCUUCUUCCUCCUCUUAGAUAAUAGGAAAGCCACUUGCUCUCUGAGCUCGAGGGGCACCGAUUUGCUCACUGGCUGGAGAC